GUUGUAUUCGUUCACGGUACCGCAGACUCAGCGUUGUAUACACAAACCCCGAUGGCAACCGGAUGGUCUCGUUCCAUCCAAUAUUUCUUAGAGCAGAAUUACUCAUCAGCUGAGUUAUACGCAACGACUUGGGGUGAUGCAUGGGCAGUUGGUGGGAACCUUGUUGAUGCCUACAACACAAUGCGUACUUGCUCAACACUACUUUAUUUACGAAGAUUCUUGGGCGCUGUUCUGCAAUACACACGAGCACCCAAAAUUGACGUUAUCGCGCAUUCUAUGGCUGUCCCUCUGAUGAGAAAAGUGCUGAAAGGUGGCAAUCUAAUAGCGACCGAUGGGAACUGCACACUGGGACCGCCAAUGACAGAAUUUGUGGAUACGUUCCUUGGUAUCGCGGGUGCAAAUUAUGGAUUGUGCGUAUGUCAGUUAGCGCAGACCAUACCUGCAUGGUGUAAUGCCCUGGACGGUCUUUAUCCGGGAUACACAUGCGAAGAUCAGGUGAUUUGUGGCUAUCCAGAUGGUGAGUGCAAGCAGAAGAAUUAUUCAGCAUUCUUAGAAGGAUUGAACAACGAUCCAACACGUGAAGCAGAUCACAUCUACGCAAUGUGGUCCGAUGCUGAUGAGACAUUAUUAUUCCGUGGCUUAACGUGGGGUAAACCAACGAGUCGUAUUCCUGGUAUGAACGGCCGUUGGAUAUCAGAUAGGAACGGUCAUGUUGCGAUGAAAGAUCUUACCGAGUUGAGACAAUACGAAGCUGUUGUGCAUCACUCUAUUUGA